AAAAAUCAAAGUUCCUUCCUGUUUUAAUUUCCUGCAGAAGCUGGUGAAUGGAAGAUGGGAGAAGGUGCUUCUGCGUGGGGAGCGCGCAAAGGGAAUGGGCUCCUCUGCAGAGAGCAGCCUAUCUCAGUUAAACUAGAGUUAGUGGCAUAACCAGGGAAGCCAUGAGAGGGCCAGUUGCUUGCUGAGCAACCUUACAGGAGAACUUGUUCAGGCAUUUACAACCUCAGCCAGCCAUUUGACCCAGCCCAUGCUGAGGACCGGGAACUGUCCUAGGGAAGGGGCUGACUGACCACGGAUGAGGCCCAUCCAGACUUGGGACAAAAUGGCUGCCAAGGAGGGGACACAGUCAAGCUUUGGUCUCCGGUUUCAUGCUGAGCUGGAGCAAGGUGCGCAUCAGCGGAUUAAAACGGAGGAAGAGGAGCCACCUGGUUCCACAUCAGGAGAAGGAUUGGAGGAUGCUCCUCACCUCCUCCAGGCUGGGAGUAUUCGGGAGUUCUUGCAAAGGCCGUCUGGAGACCAGGAAGCUGGAGACGGGCUCCUUCAGCGGUGGGAAGCCCAGUGGCAGGACUUUCUGAAGAAGCUGGAAUACCCUCACUCAGAAUGGGAGACGCCCCAGUUGCUGGAAGAGCCCACCCCCUGGGACAAUACCAAGGCCUUCCUGGCAUCCUUUGAGCAAGUGGCCCAGGCCUGCCAGUGGCCCCGGGAAGAUUGGAUGGCCCGCCUCUUGCCGGCCCUCAGCGGGGAAGCAGAGCAGAUCUUCAGCAAUCUGGACACCAGAGACCGGGUGGACUAUGACAAGGUAAAGGCGGCCAUCUUGAGAGGGGACGCCAUUUCCAGGGAGCGCCAGCGUCAGAACUUCCGUCGUUUCUGCUACCAGGAGGCCGAAGGUCCGAGGGGUGUCUAUAGCCAGCUCCAGAAACUUUGUCAUCGGUGGCUGAAGGUGGAGCGGCACUCCAAGGAGCAGAUCCUGGAGCUGCUGAUCCUGGAGCAGUUCCUGGCCAUCCUGCCCCUGGAGAUGCAGAGCUGGGUCCGGGAACAUGGCCCGGAGACAUGCUCCCAGGCGGUGUCCCUGGCUGAGGAUUUCCUGCAAAGGCAACGAGCUGAGGCAGGUUGGGAAGAACAGGAGCUGGGACCCAUUGAGGAAAUUGCCCUGGAUUUCUCUGAGGGGGAAGAGUCGCCAUCAAAUGAGGCCGAUGGAGAGGUGGAGGACAGAGAUGUUGGUUCCCUCGGGUGGACAUGCAGUAAUGUGAAGAUGGCCCAUGCCGAAAGUUUUGAUCAAGUUUUGAACAAGACCCUGAAACGGGGGAGGCCGGAAAACAAAGUUUCCCACUUUGGGGAGCAGGAUGAUGCUUUGGAGGGGUGGUACCGAGCCGAGAGGAAGAAAGGAAAUAGCUUGCAAGAGAGGGAGGAAGCCUCUCUUCUGUGGGAGGGCGAGGAACAGCUGGAUGGUCCCAGGGACGAACAGAGAUUCCAUGAAGGAAAAGACACCUUUCUGGCGGGUGGGUGGAGCUUCAGGCAGAGAUCGGAUCUUAUUAAACACGAGAAAACUGACCCUUACAAAUGCUCUGAUGGUGGGAAGGGCUUCAAAGUGAUUUCUCACUGCAUUUCCGGUAAAGAGAACGACGACGAGAGGAAGCCACACCAGUGCCCCGACUGUGGGAAGUCUUUUAUUGCCAAAGCACACCUGAUUAUUCAUCAGAGGAUCCACACCGGGGAGCGGCCGUUCAAAUGCCUGUCCUGCGGGAAGACGUUCACCCAGCGCUCGAACCUCACCGUCCAUCAGCGGAUCCACACGGGGGUGAAGCCUUUCCAGUGCUCGGACUGUGGGAAGAGCUUUUGCUCCAGUACCAACCUCAGCAAGCAUCAGAGUGUCCAUGUGAAAGGGAACCCCUAUAAAUGUUUAGCCUGUGGGAAAAGCUUCAAGAUCCAUUCCCAUUUUAUUGCCCACAAAAGGAUCCACGCGAGGAGGAAACUGCACACGUGUCCAGACUGUGGGAAGUCAUUCCUCGCCGCACUGCACCUCAUCAUACACCAGCGAAUCCAUACGGGAGAGAAACCCUUUAAAUGCUUAGAGUGUGGGAAAACCUUCAGCCAGAAUGCUCACCUUAAAGUGCACCAGAGGAUCCACAAAAAAGGGAAGACCUUCCAGUGCCCUGACUGUGGAGAGAGCUUCCAUUCCAGGCUGAACCUUAGCCAGCAUCAAACACUCCACACCGACAAGAACCCCUAUAAAUGCUCCGAGUGCGGGAAGUCCUUCCGCCUGAACUCUCACCUGAUUGCCCACAAGAGGAAUCACGCAGCCAAAAAACCCCACAAGUGCUCCUACUGCGGAAAAGCUUUCUUUACCAAAUCCUACUUCAUCAUCCACCAGAGGAUCCACACCGGGGAGAGGCCGUUCAAAUGCCUGACGUGUGGGAAAUGUUUCAGCCAGAGUUCCCACCUGAACGUCCACAAGCGCACCCACACCGGGGUGAAGCCGUUCCCGUGCUCUCACUGCGGACAGAGCUUCAGCUCGAGCACCAAUGUCCUUAAGCAUCAAAGGAUCCACACAGGAGAAAACCUGUAUAUUUGUUCCGACUGUGGGAAGAGCUUCAAAGUGCAUUCCCACCUGAUCGCCCACAAGCGAAUGCACGCGGCCAAGAAACCCCACAAGUGCUCCUACUGCGGCAAGUCCUUCUUUGCCAAGUCGUACCUCAUCAUCCACCAGAGGAUCCACACUGGAGAGAGGCCCUACAAAUGCCUGGCCUGCGGCAAGAGCUUCACGCAAAGCUCCAAUCUUACGGUUCACGAACGCACCCACACCGGGAAAAACCCGUUCCAGUGUUCGGACUGUGGGAAGAGCUUCAAGGUGAGUUCCCACCUCGUUGCACACAAGAAAAUCCACGAGGCGAAGAAGCCGCACAAGUGCUCCUACUGCAGCAAAUCCUUCGUCUUCAAGUCGUACCUGAUCAUACACGAGCGGAUGCACACGGGAGAGAGGCCGUUCAAGUGUCUUGCGUGUGGCAAAAGCUUCAGUCAGAGCUCCCACCUUAACGUCCACAAAAGAACUCACCUGGGGAAGAAGCCGUUCCAGUGUUCCGAAUGCGGGAAAAGUUUCCGAGUGAGUUCUCAACUCCUGGCCCACAAAACCAUCCACACGGCAAAAAAGUCAUACAGCAACACAAAUAGUAAUAAUAACAGCAAUAGUAACACCUGCCUGGAUUGUGGGAAGACAUUUAUUUCCAAAUCCUACCUUAUCAUCCACCAGAGGAUCCACACUGGAGAGAGGCCCUACAAAUGUAUGGUGUGUGGGAAGUGUUUCAGCCAGAGUUCGCAUCUGACGGUCCAUCAAAAGACCCACCGCAGGGUGAAGAUGUUUCAGUGUUCUGAGUGCGAGGAGAGUUUCAAUUCCCACAUGAAGCUUCUUAAGCAUCAGAGGAUCCACAUGAAAGGGAACCCCUUCCAGUGCCUGGAUUGUGGGAAAUCGUUUGUCACCAAAUCGCAACUCAUCAUCCAUCAGAGAAGCCACACAGGGGAGAGGCCGUACAAAUGCUUGGACUGUGGGAAAGGAUUCAGCCAGAGUUCCAACCUUAUCAGGCAUCAGCGGAUUCACUCGGGGGAGAACCCCUAUAAGUGUGCAGACUGUGGGAAAAGCUUCUGUUCACAUGAGAACCUUAUUAAGCAUCAGAGAAUCCACACCUAAGCCCACAAAACCCUGAAUGAGCUGUCUGUAAGAGGUUAUGGACCAUUGCACUGUAUCAGCCCGGUGUGUACGGGGGAGACCACAUUACAACAAAUGCUGCCCUGCUGUUUUGCUGUCACAACUCAAGAAUGUGCUGCUCAUCAGCGCAUCGAUGGAAGAGAUGAAUGAUGUAAAUGCAGAGGAAUGGGGAAAGCCUCCCGGGUGGAGGUUCUCCCAUGUAUUGAAAAGUCUGUGCUCAGAAUUUGAACUCAAUACUGGUUCUAAACUGAGGAGCUAAGAAUGGUCAGAGUUUGUUAGUCUGCAUGCCAUCACCCAGCUGCAGCCGUUCUCAAAGAAUGAUUCUUAACUACCACAAGCCAAGCCAUCUCUUGGCAAAAGGUUCCAGAUCACCUCGGUUAACUGGUCUCUCCAGUUGAGUUUUUUCUUUUAACUGGACUUGUAUCCCACCUUUUCAAAAGGCCCUCAAGGCAGCAUACAAGGGAUCUCCUUUUGUUUUAUCCCCGCGGACAACAACUCUGCCAGGUAGGUUCAGCUGAGAGAGAGCCCAAGUCCCCCAGGCAGCUUCCAAGGCUAAGGAUAGACCUGAACCUGGAUCUCCAUCAUCCUGAUCCACCUCCCUAAUCCCUACCCUGCAUUUACCUAGGAGUCUCUUUGGCUAGCUAGAACUUUCCAUUCACCUAGCCUCCAUUGUCUACCCCAGAGACAGGCAACCCAGCAUCCUCCAGAUGGACAACAGCCUCCAUACACCCAAAGACUGUGGGUGGUAGUUUAAAGCAUGUCAACGAUUGGGGCUUCUGAUGAUUGGAGCCCAGCCUUGCUUUCUUCUGACUAGCAACAGCUCUCGAGAUCUCAGGCUGAGCAGGCUCUUUCCGGUCCCCUUAUCAGCUGCUUUUUAAAAUUAAAAUACCAGGGAUUCAGUUGGACCAUCUUCAGGUAGGCAUACUCCUGUCCCCAAGCUCUAAGGAGAUUUUUUUUCCUCACAGCUGUUGAAAUGUGCAGUGUGCGGAAAGACUGCAUAAGUGAGGGACUUCCUAAGCUCCUAUAAAAAGGGGGAAAUGGCAGUGGUAGGGCCAGCCCAGGAGAAAAGCCAUAGAAAUACUUUGCUUGUGACUUGGCAAAUUUUCAGGUGCCACAAGUCUAGUAUUUUCUGUCAGGUGUCUUAGAAUCGGCACAGAACACAAGAAACUGGAUUUUAAAAUGGCCUUCUGUUCAAAAAGCAAGUCUGCUGACCAGCCUCUUGGAUUUUUUUGUGUGAAAGAAUUUUUUUCAGUCAUCGAUGAAGCCAGAUUCCGGUUGACCCAACCAACACCACCAGCACUCUGCAGCUAAGAAAAUGAUUGUGAGAAUGAAUCGCUUGUGGAUGAUUGGAGAAGACCCUGUUUCUGCUUGUCUUCCUCUGGAAGCAUGUGCAGAUUAUCAAGCUGUUUUCACAAGCAGUGGCAAGAAAAUCUUGAUUUUGUGGGUUUUGAUUCGGCCAUCCAGCCUUCUGUGUUUGCUGCAUUCCAAAGGACAGAGGCAGAAUCUUAGCAAACAACAUUUUCUCCUUUUGGGUGGGGGAGU